AGCAGAAGGAGGUGCAUAAUAAAUCUCCUCCAUGUAAAGAGGGCAGAGAAAUUCACUACCCUCCUACUCUCACAGCUCUUUUCUGUGUGGUUGUCUCCAGUACAGUGGGGUGUGUGUCCAGCGAGGUGUGUGUCUGCCAUGGCUGUGUCUGCACUUUCCUCCAGGCUUCUCCUGCUGGGUCUAAAUGCUGCCCGGGUGACGUGUGCGCACCUUGGACGGCCUGGCUGUGUCUUCAGCAACGCUAGAGGAGUGAGCUCAGGCCGAGCACUCAGGACAGAGGAAAGGGUAACAGUUCACUUCAUAGAUCGGGACGGAAAGAGAAUCUCGGUCAACACUAUAACAGGAGUUUCACUACUUAACAUUGUUGUCGACCAGAAUUUAGACUUUGAAGGAUUUGGUGCAUGUGAAGGAACGUUAGCCUGCUCUACAUGUCACCUUAUUUUUGAAGAGAAGAUCUACAACAAGCUCCUAAAUGAAACCACAGUAGCUGAUGAAGAAAUGGACAUGCUGGACCUGGCCUAUGGCCUGACGGACACGUCUCGGCUGGGAUGUCAGGUGUGUGUGACUAAAGAUCUGGACGGGAUGGUUGUCCGUGUACCUGAGGCUGUGUCUGACGCUAGGAAGACCAGCGACAAGGACUCAGCUUCCUGAAGCCCAGUCUGUGAUAGAAGACACCUACUGUUUCUGCCUUUUGAGUCUCUGCUGCCCAUUGUAUACAGUUUAUCUCUAAAAGACCACCCAUAAAGCCAACUUCUUCUGCAUUCCUCUGAAGACUGAGAGAGUCCGCUUAUGUGUUUUGUAUGACGCUUUCUAAGGGGAUUUGAAUUUAGUGGAAGGUUAAGGUUACGCUCUGGGAUGUAAGUUGCUGCAUAAAAUGUAAAACAUGUUAAAAGGGUUCAUAGUGUUGCAAAACUUACAUUUGUUCUGUGAAGUACAAUACAGUGCAGUGUAAUGUAAUUAAGUCUGAUUCUAAUUAAAUAAAGGUAAUUGCAUGAAAUUAAAUAAA